CUUUCUCCCUUCCUCCGCCUGGAGCGGAGUGGGAUGUUAAUUAUUCGCAUGUUACACGCCGUCAUCCAUCUUUUGUUCUGGUUCUAAUCGAGUCAUCAUUUUGUCCUACACGUACAUGAACUGAAGAAACUUGCUGGGACUUCUGUUUGCCUGGUUCUGAAGAAUUCCACGUGCUCAACGAUUGUCGAAUCCAGUCCCUUGGGAACUCACAUAAUCGCGGGCCUCUCGCCGUGUUUCUAAGAUCUUGAGACCUCCUAGAGACAAACAUGUUGUACUAAGGCACUGCCUGCCAAUCAUAUGCUGCAUUGAUUUUCCGGAUCCCCCAGGUUUCAAGCCGAUACGCAGCCUUUCCUGGCACCACAGCCUCCCCAUAACACGGUCCUCUCCCUCUCAGUGUAGUGCCAUGGCCACGUUGGAAUCUUUCGCGCACCUACUCGCGCGACAGGAAGAGGCGGAUAUAACCCCAGCCUGUGACACUGGCAACGAUUACGAUGGUCGAAUUGGUCUGCGGGUAGCCGCAUUGUUCAUCAUCUGGGUCACCUCUUCGAUAGGCUCAUCUUUCCCCGUAUUUGCGAACCGACAUAAAGGCCUGAAGGUGCCUGAAUGGGUCUUUUUCAUAUGUAAAUUCUUUGGUUCGGGAGUCAUCGUCGCUACGGCCUUUAUCCAUUUGCUUGCGCCGGCGGAAGAUGCGCUCAGGAACCAAUGUCUUACUGGACCCAUCAAGGACUACACCUGGGUCGAGGGCAUCGUCCUCAUGACGAUAUUCGUCCUCUUCUUCGUCGAGCUGAUGGUCAUGAGAUAUGGCAACUUCGGGUCGCCGCAUAGUCACGACCACGGACACGGACAUUCGGAUACCGACACAGAGUUGACGACGGCGAGUCGAGAAGCCUCCUACAAAGAUCACCCAGCUGCCAACGCUCCACCUGCGCCAAUCCACAACACCGUCUUGGGCGAGGAUCACCUCGGCCACUCUAGAGAGCACACCGAUAUUGAAGAAGCAAGCGACCCGUCGAGCCUGGAAGACUACAAGACACAGAUGACGGCCAUCUUCAUUCUCGAGUUCGGCAUCAUUUUCCACAGCGUGUUUAUAGGGUUGACGCUGGCUGUCGCCGGCGAUGAGUUCGACACUUUAUUCAUCGUCAUCAUUUUCCACCAAAUGUUUGAGGGUUUGGGUCUCGGUUCCAGACUGGCCGUGACACCUUGGCCCAGGGACCGCAGGUGGACCCCCUAUGUCCUGGCGCUUGCAUACGGCCUGAGUACUCCUCUUGCCAUUGCCAUCGGCCUGGGGGUCCGGAAAACCUAUCCUCCGGGAUCUCAGACCACUCUUAUUGUCAACGGCGUUUUCGAUUCGAUCUCGGCCGGUAUCCUCAUAUAUACUGGUCUUGUGGAGUUGAUGGCACAUGAAUUUAUGUUUUCGAGUUCCAUGCGUAGAGCGAGCAUUAAAACGGUCUUGUCGGCGUUUGGUACGAUGUGUUUGGGCGCCGGCCUCAUGGCGUUACUCGGCAAAUGGGCUUAGAUUCAAUCGCUGGUGAAUCCAGUCGAGAUAAUAUAAAUAAUGAUGAUGAUGAGAAAUAGCCGAAGUGAUGAAAACUUCUGAUAGAAAAUUCGCCAUCCCAAAUGCCCAUUCCAACGGUUUCCUGGCGUUAGACGUUGGAAAUGUUCACCAUUUUGAUGUCCCAUGAGUCAUGUUACGUUGCUGAAGUAGAGUUUGAAUCCGAUAAAUGGAGGGUAGUAACGGCAUUAGAGGAAGCAUGACUGACGGUUCCUCUGUACCUUGGAAUACUUGAGGAAUAGAUACUUAGGUGAAUAAAUAUACGUCCAGAUAGAUAUACACAUACUUUUCCUGCUGA